UCCAAAGUAAUGUUUUGUGUCCAGUGCUGUCUCAGCAUCUGCAGUUCUCCCCAGCGGCACCCAGUGCAAUUUAAGUAGACCUCCUUUCAUUGUAUGCCAUGCCUGUUAGCUUGGCAGCUAUGGAAAUAAAGGGAGAAGAAAUAAUGCAUCUGAGACUACACAGAAAUUCCAGUAUAGAUGACAGUAACCCUGUAAAUGAAUAAGACAUAACAAAUCCUACUGAAUUGUGGGGCAGGAAAAAGCAUAUAUUUAAGCUUUUCCAGGAGGCAUGAGGUGGACACCCUGACCAAAGUACAAAAUCGUUUGAUUGGUACAAGCUGAUCAUGGGGAUCCAGGUACAAAUGUAGAAAAUGAGGAAGAGAGAUCUAGUUAAUAAGUAAUUCCUGACCAUAAUGCAGGUUUGAACAAACAAUACAGUCUCCCAACAGUAAGGAUAGUAUCUCAGCUUAAACACUCUCCAGCACAAGUAUAUUAUUCCUUCCUCUCACCAAGAAGAAAAUGAAAAACAAGACAAGUUUCCUUCCGCAAGAAGGAGAGGCACGUCCUUCCAGAUGUCCGGAUAACAGUGCAUUCAAACAACAGAAGCUACCAGCUUGGAAGCCCCAGCUUACCAUUGCGGCUGUGCUGUCCAGCUUUUUUCUCACAGGCGUGUUCUGCCUUUCUGUGGGAGUCUGCCUCAUAAUGUCUGCAAACAGCGUCAGAGAAAUCCAGAUUGAUUAUUCAGAUAAGUGCUCAGAUUGUUCAAAACUUCGUGAAAAUUCCUCUAAUUGGAAUAAGGAAUGCCACUGUUCUGUUAAUUUCAUGCUAAAGGAAGAUAUAUUGGGUGACGUUUUUAUGUACUAUGGCUUGCAAAACUUCUAUCAAAACCACCGUCGAUAUGUGAUAUCAAGAAGUGACGCACAAUUGCUGGGUCGAAAUGUAAAUAUUCAGAAGAGCUACUGCGCACCCUUCACCACCUACCGAAAUGGGACACCCAUGGCUCCCUGCGGUGCUAUUGCCAACAGCAUGUUCAAUGAUACUAUUGAUCUAUUUUACAAUCUUAACUCAUCUGUUAUUCAAGUACCACUGCUGAAGACUGGAAACAGUUGGUGGACAGAUAAAAAUGUGAAAUUUCGCAAUCCAAAAUCAUACAAUCUCUCUUCUGCGUUUGCAGGGACAGCAAGACCUCCUUACUGGCAGAAACCAGUGUAUUUGUUAGAUGAGGAAGAUGAAAGGAACAACGGUUAUGUAAAUGACGACUUCAUUAUCUGGAUGCGAGUGUCAGCCUUUGCUACAUUCAGAAAUCUUUACCGUCGUGUCAGACGGAUAAGGCAGUUUGCAGAUGGCCUUCCAGCAGGGAAUUACACUUUUCAUAUUUCCUAUAACUUCCCUGUUACCAAAUUCAAGGGGAGGAAGCAUGUGAUUCUUUCAACCGUGGUAUGGAGCGGAGGAAGUAACCCAUUCCUGGGAAUUGCCUAUGUGGUUUCUGGCACAGCAGCAACCCUGACAGGUUUUGUCAUAACUGUCAUCCACUUAAAGCUCAGAAAAAAGAAAACGUUCUUUCAGAAGUAAUAGGGCUCCCUGGCUUUCUGAACAAAGGCAAAGGUGUGCUGUAAAUGAAGAACGUGCCGUGCAGACCUUUCAUUCUUUCCCCUGAGCUCUGGAUCUGUUUCAGUAACAGGUUUGGGGAAUGUAAGCAAAUUGAGGGGCAGUGGUAUUCCAUCAUCCAAAACCAAGCGUACCUGAGGCUGCAUUCUUAUUAAUGUAUGUGUGCUCCUAAAUUUAUUUCCUAGGAAACUUGUAGUGAGAUGAGCUUCAAACAACAGAUAACAUAGUGGGUUAGAAUUGCAAUGGCAAAGAAAUUAUAUGGUACUAAUGUCUGGCCAGAAGUGACGGUCCAUAUUCGUUUCUUACUCAGCCCUUAAUUCAGACAAUAUUUCUCUUGACUUAAAUGGAGCUUUGGAUGGGUAAAAAGUGAGGUCUUGGUCCAACAAAAAGCUUGAGCUGGUAGAACUUGGUGCUAAAAUCUGUUUGUGGGCCACGUGCAUGGGCUGAAUGGCUUGGCUUAGGUUUUAUAUACCUUUUUCAGCUAUCCUUAAAAAGCAACCAAUUUAGCACAGCAUAUUCAUCACAGUUUGAUACUUGAUUUCUGAUUGAAUACAGGGCAUUUUUUAGGAGUUUGGAGUUUGUUUAAACACAAUUUCUUGGUUUUAUCUAGGUACUGAGACUAACCUGCAAAGCUAGAGGGCAUCAGAACACUGAUUUACAUUUUAAAAAUUAUGAUUUAAUAGAAAGUUUAAAUUAAAAACUACUUUAAUGCUCAACAUUUUAGCAGAAACAUCUACCUAAUAUAGCUAUUAGGCCACAAUUGCAGUCCUACCUACCCCACCCUUCCACGCAAAAGUUCACAGACUCUUACGUGACAUGAAAUGUCUCUUCCCCUUUCAAGCCCUCAUUUCCGUGGUGUGGUGACUUACUGUCAAUAGAAAACAAAGCAUCAGAAAAUCUGUCAACUUAAUUUUCAGAAAAUAAACACUGCAGCUCGUGAACAGGCUUAUCAAUUUUCAUGUUUCAUUUUCAAAAUUUUACACGUUUAGGAGUUACUUCCAGUCUCUCACAAAAUGUUGGAACAGCACUGAAGAAUUUAGGCCAAGUAUACCAUGGUACAUCCAAAUUUAAAAAAAAAAGUUUUUCUGUUGCAAAAGUGCAAAUGGAAUAAAACACUUUAAUUCCUUUGAUAAGUAUUCUGUGUGCCUUACCUCCCACUCCCCUAAAAAAACCCUCCACACU